AAGCGCCUGAAAUCACUUUGGGGCUCCUAUCUCAUUCAUGAUGGUCCUGAGAUUAGCCAUAUUAGCGUGGCUGGGAUGUCUUGCCAUAGCAGGACCUGUGGCAUGGGAUGCUUCCAAAUGCGCUCAGAAGUGUAAUGGAGGAACGAAGUUUCAGUAUUCUGAACAAACAUCUUAUGUUUAUAAAUUUGAAUCUUCUAACUUAUUGAAAGCAGAUGGAGCAACGGAUUUAAACAUGGGCAUGACAGCGACAUUUAAAGUAACGGCUGUAUCUAAAUGUGAAAUGGUUUUGCAGGUACUUGAUGUUUCCCUAAAACAUGGUACGACACAAGAAACUGCAUCUCCUUUCAUUGAUGAGCUGAAAAGAAAUCCAUUGCCAUUUUCUUGGAAUGACGGCAAAAUUGAACACGUUUGCCCGAAUCCUGAUGAUUCCAAUGAUGUCAAUAACAUCAAAAAGGCUAUGAUAUCAGCACUACAAAAUUCCAUGAGAACUUUUGAAGCAAAUCUGCAUGACCGAGAGGUUGAUGUUUUGGGAUCCUGCAACACAGAGUACAUUCUUAAAGAAAACAAAAAUGAAAAAUUUGUGUUUACAAAGAAUAAAGACAUUGCUACUUGCACGGAUCAUCUCAAGGGGCAAACUUUGUUGUUGGCUACAUUUUACGAAUCGUCUGCGCACCGUCAACACUUACCUUUGUUAUCCGGAGAAACACUCACCUGUCAACAGACAAUCGAGAAUGGAAUAAUUGAAGAAGUAGUAUGUGAUGAGAAAGCUGCUUUCAAACCUCUCUAUAGUUACGGUUACGUCGUCGAAGCCGAGGCGAAAAUCACAGUCAAGAAAAUAUCAGCAGAAGGCGCUUCUGCUAUUAAUUACAGAGCACCAAAAAAAGAAAGCCUGGUUUUCAAACACAAUCCCGAAUCUAAGAAGAAUGACAACUUAGAAGUAGAGGCCCAGAAUGUUUUAAAACAAAUUUGUGAUAAUUCUGAGGGGCUCAUCAACAAAAAUGCAGCUCACGCCGUCCAUAAAUUAGUCUACCUCAUUCGGGGAUUGAAUGAAGGGGCUCUAGAAAGAAUCUACCAAUCUUUGAAGAGCAAGCAAUUAUGCCGCUCCAGGAAAGCACUAACAAUUUAUUUGGAUGCUUUGAAGGCAGCAUCCUCUGGAGGCUCAAUAGCAUUAUUUUCAAAGCUUGUGGAAAAUGGGGAAGUUCGAAAAACCGAUGCAUUUCUGUGGAUGACACUUCUACCAUUUACAUCGUACGUGGAAGAAGAAUCUGUUGCUGCUACUCUUCCUUUACUGAGGAAAGAUACUGCAAGACGACAGGCUCUGUUGGGUGUAUCUGCCAUGGCUUACAAAUAUUGCACAACUCGAAGCAACUGUGAAGAUUCGAAUGCAGUCAAAUCUGUCUCCUCUAGUCUAAAACAGUUUUUAGGUGAUAAGUGCCAGACAACAAAUAAAGAAGAAGAAACACAGAUCAUUACGGCUCUGAAAGCAUUUGGAAAUCUGGGAUACGUUGGAGAAAGUGCUGAAAGUAUUUUUGAAUGUGCAGCUCUCACCUCUAACCAGCUCCCUAUAAGAAUAGCAGCCAUUCAAGCAUUUAGACGAACUCCUUGCACCGAAUCGAUUGCAGCCAAACUUCUAGAAACAUACAAAGACAAGAAUGAAGAAGACGAAGUUAGAAUUGCUGCUUUGAUAUCUUUGUCUAAAUGCGCAACCGAAGAGAUAAUAAGACAAGUUCUGGAAUCAUAUAACUCAGAAACCAGUAAACAAGUUGAAGUAUUUACAUGGAGCCUUCUGGAAAACUUGAAAUCUUCAUCUCAUCCUGUGAGAGAAAGACUGGGAGAAUAUUUGUGGCUGGAAGACAUCAAAGUUCCUGACUCAACAGAUUUAACGAAAUUUUCCAGAAAUUUCGAUGUGUCUUUCUUUUCAGAAAUUUUUAAUCUCGGACACGAUAUCGAAGCUAAUAUUAUUCAUUCAAAGAAUUCUUUCCUCCCACGCUCAGCGGAUCUUGACUUCAAAUCAAAUAUUUUUGGAAAUCAACUAGAUUUGUUGCAGGUUGGUGGAAGAGUAGAAGACUUGGAACACACGCUAGAAAAAUUAUUUGGACCUCGAGGCUUGAUGCCAAAUCUCGAAAUUAAUGACGUUUUGAAUCUGAUUCCGGAAAACCUACGAAAGCGAGGCAGAAGAUCCGCUGAGUCAUAUAAGUCAAAAUUAGAAUCUUUGGGUGAAAGACUGGGCUACAGCAGAGGAAAAACUCCUCAUGGCUCUGCAUAUAUUCGAGUACUUGGCCAUGAGUUAGGUUGGGUUAAUCUGCAUAAAGAUGUUAUAUCCAAAAGAUUUGAAGAUUUUAAUAUUGAAGAACUUGUAAGAGAGAUAGUUCGAACGAAGGAGAUUGAUGUGGCCAAGAAUUUGUUGUAUCUGGAUGUUUCAAUUUUGUUCCCAAGUGUGACAGGAAGAGCUUACAAGCUUGCUGGCAAUGCCAGCUUGACUCUUGGUUUAAAAACUAAUGGAAAAAUUGAGCUCCACAAGAAUUCAAAAAUUCUUCCUCUAUCGGGAAUAUUGCUAGAAGGAAUUGCUCAGCCAAGCAUUUUGUUAGAUUCAUCUGCAUCAUUCACCAUUCAUUCAGAAAACUAUGAACCAGGAGUUAGAGCCGAAACAACCUUGAGUGCUGGUCUUGAUAUUAAUGGCAAAUUUGAGUUUAAAGAUUUCAAGUUAUUACACAUCAAACUCAGCAGAAGACAAGAGCGUCAAGAAUUACUGAGUUUAAAGCGCACACUAUACUCAAUAAACCAAAACGGUGUCAGAGAAAUACCCAAACCACAGUCUUAUAAUUUGAACUAUUGCACAAAAUAUGUUCAAUAUAUCUUGGGAGCUCGCUACUGCGUAUCAGCAACAAUUCCACAUAUCUACAAUGACCAAGGAAAACCAAAAAUCCCGUUUGUGCGAGCCAUGGAGGCCUCAGUUGUGGUGGAACAAGUUGAUAAAAGCAUGGAUGGAUACGAACUUUUCCUGCAGUUGCCUGACUUUUCGGUAAGAGAAGAAAGAAAAUACAAAUUUUUGCUCGAUACCCCUAAUUCAGAAGUAGACAGAAAAUUAUCCGCCGACUUAACAGCGAAAAGGCCUGAUGCAGAAACGACAAUAAUAGCUUUAAAAACUUAUAGUCCUUUCUAUUCUUUGGAUGUUAAUGUUGAUGUCAAUAACAGAGCAGAUGCUUUCCGAUUAAAAGCUGAUGCUUUGGGAAACCAAAAGAGACGUUACUCUCUGUUAAUGGAUGUUGGCAAAGAUGUCCGAGGAGCUCGUCUUGUCGAAUAUCAGCCGAAAAUUUCUCUUAUCUUACCAAAUGUGAGACCCAUAGAACUAUCUGGUACAAUAGUUUUUUCAAAAGGAAGGAAAGCACUGGUAUCAAUCAACAUGCAGUCAAACAGCUUUGAUUCCCCUCUUAAUAUUAAAGGAAAUCUUGCACAGGAAGGAGAUAUCGAUUUGGAAGAAGAUUGGAAAGUCUCAUCUGAACUGAACAUCACUGCAUUUUCACAGAUUCAUCGACUUCAAAGCAGCUUAGGAAAUCUGGGAGGAAAAGGUCUUUACUUAGAUUUAGGCCAUCAUUAUGAGCCAGACGGUAGAAGCUAUGAAAGCGUGACUGUCAAUGCAAAGUUAGAAAAUGUCGAGUUACGAGAUCGUUUACAAUUUAGCUUAGACGCCAAAGUACUUCUAGCUGAGCAUCAAGAUUUAAAUUCUCAUUUCAGAUGGGAUUUUAGUGUAAAACCCUUGGGUCAUUUCAAAAAUGAUGUUCUUUUCAGAUAUGGCGAAAAUUUUGAAGAUAACAAGCAUCUUGUACGGUUGACUCAGAAAGUUGCUCUUCAUGGUGAUUUCGACACAUUUCAGCACAUGGACCUAGAAAAUAAACUGGGACUAACCAUAUCUUGCUUUGAUUUCGACAAAUCUGCUGCAUUGAGCGUAGUUUGGGAUUUUGAGAAAAGGCCAAAACUUUUUGUUGAAGUUGGUGUAAAAUCUAGUCCAGAUAGAGAAAUAAGCUUGAAAUAUGAUUACAGACACGUUUCUAACAAACCGCUUAAGUUGGUAGCUGAUGGGAAACUUGUGUUUUACGAUCAUAAGGUUUUGUACAGAGAUCAUGUAGAGGAAGUUGCUCGUAAUGAAUAUCGAGGACAAGCAGUUCUGACACCCAGAGAAGGAAAGGAUAUCACUAUUAAUUACGUGUAUAAAAUAAAAAGUCAAACUCAUUUCCAUCAUGAAUUGGACGGCACAGUUAGUUUUCCAGCAACGCAAACCCCUGUCAAGAUAAAGGCCGAUCUGGAAAUUACAUCAGACAGUUUGAAACUCAACAGUAUUGCUGACUCAGGAAGUCGCGCAUAUUCUAUAGAUAUGAAUUUGCAGAAAACAGGAGCUAGUCGAGUUGCAUUAAAUACGCCAUAUAUAGAGGGUAAUGUUAAUGUUGAUUCCCAAAACGGAGAUCAUUCCGUACGCGCAGAUAUCAAAACGGUUGGAAAAGACGACAGAAGAAUUGUAAUAACAGGAAAUAUAGCUCAAAAUGAUAUAACAACCUUAACUCUUGAUAUUCAAUGGGAUGCUGAUAAAGAUUCCGAAAAGAAACUGUCUAUAAAAGCAAAAACAAACAAAGCAACCGAAAAUGGCAUCGAUAAGCACAUGAUAACUGCACAAAUCAGUUAUGAAGGAUCCAUAAACGUUGAUGUUACAGGGAAAAUAAGCACUGAUCUUCUAAGAGGUCCUCAUUAUUUCCGAGCUGACUUCUCUGGUAAUAUGGAAAGUAUGGCUAUUGAAUAUACUCAUGAAAUUAAAAAUGGAGAGGUUGAAAGUGUAGCGAAAUAUUUAAGAAGCAACGUAGAAAAAUUAAAACUGAACAUGAAAGGCAAAUACGUCUUAACUGGAACCAAAUUUCAAAUAGAAUAUGGAUUAUUUUUGACUUCCCCUUAUAAAACAUUUGAUGGAAAAGAGCUGUACUUCCAAAUUAUGGCUGACUCAACGGAAACUGCAAGGACAUUCAUUGCCGAAUAUCGUAUCAAACCAGCAACAGUCAUAGGCUAUGUUGGGAAAAUAGAUUAUAUCAGAAAGCGAGGAUGGCCUGGCCAGAUUACCUCUAACUUACUUGUUACUGUGCAUCAGAGACCUGUGUAUGAAGGUAAUACUCUCAUAGAAUAUGGAAAUGGCAAAUAUUCGUGGAAAACAAGUUUUACACCAAUUUCGAAGAAAAAAAUUAAUUUGUUGACUCAUUUUGAACACUCAGCUAAAUUUGCAGCUUUCCAUCAUUCAAUGGCAUCUACUUUAGAAUACUUACAGAAGGUAGAACUGAAUGCUGUAGCAGAUUUAAGAAAUACAGAGGAUGCCAAAGUAUAUUCUAAUUUGGAUGUGAACCACCACAAAAUGUACGAUGCAAAUGCAACGAUGAAAAUCCGUAGUAUGGUUGAUUUUGAGGGACAACUGGUGAUUUUGAGCAAAAUAACUCCAUCUUUUCAUCUUUUUUACAGAACACAACCAUCUGGCCAAUUAACCAAGUAUGAUAUGAAUCUUGAUGUUGAUUCUGUCAACCUAAUAGCUGGUAGCGGUGAAAUUAAGAAGCGUAAAAAGGGAGUUAACGCUGACAUGGUCUUUAAAUAUAAAGAGAAAGAAUUCCUCAAUCUUAAUAUUAAUCAAGAAAUCAAAUCGAAAUCAGAAAGAAAUUAUGUAAUCAAGGUGAAAACUCCUUGGAGAUCAUAUACAUCCUAUAUAAAAGUAGCCAAAGAAAAGAAAGGAAAGGAAAUAAAAUAUGAAACAAAAUUCUGCAGAAAUGAAAAAGACCAAUGCAUUAGUAUCGAUGUAACCCACAAAGAACUAGCCGAUGGUGAUGAAUGGCAAAUAGCCUAUGAACGCGGCGAUGUUGCAUUCAGCAUUGAAAGAAUACGAAUUAGCACUAAUGAACUAUCUCGUUUCCAUACCGUCAUUUAUAACGGAGAUGUUCGAUAUGGCUAUGAUUUAAGAUUUGCAAAGGAAGAAAACGGACACAGUGUGAGUUUAGGAAUCAUCCUUCCGUCAAGAGAAAUUGUUACAAAAACAUAUGGCGAAAUAUCACUGAGAAAACCUAGAGUCAAAUUCGAGUUCCAGACUGACGCACGAAAACAUCCAGAGAGAAAACUCAUUACUGAUAUAAGAUUUGAAAACCAUCUUGCAGAUAACAGUCCAUCAAAAUUAGAUGUUAUCAUCAGUCACCCAACAUACGAGAAGCCCAUAGAACUGCAAUUGAUUGCUGAUUUUGAACCCACGUUAAAUAAGUUUUUCACAGCUCAAGUAUCAGCAGAUUACUCUAAUAAUCCUGAAGAUAAGCUCAUUGGAAAACUAUCGAUGGAAUCUUCAAAAGAUGGAAAAUCUGGCACCGUUCUUGUCGACAUUUACCAUAAAGAUGAACAAAAUUUGGAUUUCACGAUCAAAGCAAACACCACUAUGGAUAGUAAUGAAGAUUAUGGAGGUGUUUUCUAUUAUUGGAAAGACGAAGAUGGGGCUGAUGUUCAAGCGUUCACUGUAUUCCAUUAUAUUGAGAAAGAAAGAAGAUUCUAUUUUGAGUUCAACAGACCAAAGUUUGUCUAUCGAUUAGAUGGUGCAGUAGUUACUCCACCAACAUUAUUAGGGGAAACUUGCGAAACAGAUUUGACGUCAGUAUACCAAGGAGAAACUACUAAAGCCAAGCUAAUUGCAGACUACAAAAAACAAUGUUACAAGUUAAUAGUGUAUACCGAAGAAGGUGAAACAAGUCGCAUCAUUGAAGUGUGUGUAAACAGCAGAAGCCGAAAAAUUCUCUCCAUCGUAACUGAAAGUUUAGACGAUGAAGGACAAUGGACAUUUGACUUCUCGUUGGACAUUGUGCGAAAAAGCUGGAGAACCAUCAAAAUAAUGAGUCAUUAUAGCCCGGAAUUUUUGGGACAAUUUUUGUUCAAGGCUACAGCAUUCGGAGACGAGUUAACCACAGCAGGAGUUCGAUUCCUUCCUAUGUAUGAUUCUCCAAGAUUCAAAAAGAUUCGAAAUUCGUUCCAUUCUAAAAUUUUCCAACCAACAUUACGAUUUUUCAUACCUGAAGCAGCAAAAUUCAUCGCAGAUUUGAGAAGAGACACUACUUUCGCUGUAGUUAAACUUAGAAACUAUUACAAUUCUUUACCACCAUUUACUGAAAUCAAACAAACCAUACAAAGAGCAAGGCAACUGGUGAGAAGUGCUCUUUACGAAGUUUGGAGUGCUGUGGAAUCCUAUUAUAAAGAGUAUUUCAAAACCGCUAUCAAUUUCGUAAAUAAAGCAACUGGUAUUGUUAAAGCUGUAUGUCAUAACAACGAAGAUUGUAAAGCUUUCGUUAAUGCUUUUAAUGACGGAGGAUGGAAAGGACUGGCAAAUCAAAUAAAGAUCUUUAUUCAGUCCAUACCUCAAAAGAUACGUAAUUUCAUGGAGAGACCAGGAGUGGAUGCAAGAAAAUUUUACGACAAAGCCAUGAUCCUAGUGAAAGCUGCUCUCCAGCCUUUAACAAAAUAUAAAUGUGGUGAAAUUGUUGUCAAAAUUGUUCAGUUGACUUACACAGCUGUUGAACCACACAUACAGUCAUUCUUGGAAAAUUAUCCUCGUUAUUAUCGUACAAUAAGACAAGCGAUAGUUACCAAUAAAUAUGUCAUUCAGGCAACAAAAAUUGCUCAAGAUGCAUUCUCUAGGCUGAGAAGUGAAGUAGAAAAAAUAGACUUCGAAAAGCUGAUUUCCAUAGGAAAGCACUACAUAGAAGAUUUCCUCUUCAACUUCACUCCUCCAUCUCCAAAAUCUGCGACGACAAUCAAUGCAUUCGAUGUCGAACGAGGCCAUGUAGACUUCGAUAUUCAUUUUGGAGUUUCACAAUCGUACCCAGUUAAAGUGCUUACUCGCAUUCUUGAUCGAGUAACAAAUUUAGUAGAAAGACUGGUAUUCCACAGAGAACAGUUUAGUUCGCAAGCUUUACUGGUCAAGUUCAAGCGAGGAGCUGACUUAAAUUUCUUCCCACCUUAUGAAGCUCAAGCUAUGCUUGUGGGUAACCAUCAUUUUGUAACAUUUGAUAAAGUAUUCUACGACUUUGCUGGAGAAUGUACCUACCUCCUCUCUAGAGAUUUUGAGGAUGGUAAUUUCACGUUUGCUCUCAAACCGUCUGCGGGUGAAAAAGGUCCAUCUAUACUUGCAUUAAUCAACGACAAGAGUAUUGAAGUAAACAGCGGUGAUCAAAUAAUAAGUGUAGAUGAUAAUGCAGUGGAAUUGCCAUAUCUCACAAAAGAAUUUACAGUUUCCCGAUCUGGAAGCACUGUCAUCAUUGACGACAAACAUGGCGUUAAAGUGAAAUGCAAUUUGGUUUAUCAGAUAUGCACAUUUUCAAUUACUGGUUGGUAUUUUGGAAAAACUGCUGGCCUUCUUGGAACUUACAACUACGAACCUUCGGAUGAAUUCAAAAGACCAAAAGGACAAGUUGCAAACUCUCCAAGUGUCCUAGCCAAGAGUUUUGAGUUAAAGAAAGGCUGCAAAUCUAAUAAUUUAGUUCCUGAAGUGAAGAUUAAGGAAAACAGUGACUAUUAUAAAUUAUGUAAAGAACAUUUCGAGUCCACUUCGUCUCCACUAUCAGCAUGUUUCUAUGAAGUUAAACCUGAAGAAUAUUUCCAAUUGUGCCUCCGUCAUCUCGCAAGAGCAAGUGAUCCAGCAAAAUCAUUAUGUAAUAUUGCAGCAGCAUAUGUUAUGGAAUGUGAAAGAAAUUACAUCGAAUUGAAUCUUCCCAGCAAAUGCAUUACAUGCAGUGCACCUGAUGGAAGCACCCUGCAGCAAGGUGACAGGAAAAAGUAUGAAAACUUAAGCAAGAAAUCAGCUGAUGUCGUUUUCAUUGUAGAAGAUCACGAAUGCAAUAAAGCUAUUGUGAAUGACUUAGGCAACCUUGCCCGUUCAAUUGAAAGAGAGCUGCAAAACGAUGGCUUCAAAGAUGUCAUGUUUGGUGCAGUUGGCUAUGGAGCUGAUAUUGGCAACCCACAGAUAUACACAGUGAAAGGAAGCACAUUUUUCAAUUCGAGGGACAUCAAUUCUAUAAAAGAUCGAAUAAAAGCAGAAAAUCAAAAGACAGAAUCUUCCAGGGCCUUUGAAGCUAUGAAACUCGCUGUUAAUUACCUGUUCAGAAGCGAUACAGCGAAAUCCUUUGUCUUAUUGUCAUGCUCUCCCUGCAAAUAUGACUACAAAUCGCUGUUGUAUCCAGUUAUUCAUCAGAUUCUGUUAGAACGAGGAAUCAGCUUACACGUGGUGAAAGAUGCUGAAAUUUCUAUCAGAAAAAGCUCCAUCAAAGAAAAAGAUAUUAUAGGUGUUGAUCCAGUUACCGUAUAUCAUUCGAAGGAUGUAACACAGAGAGACUUGGUUGGAGAACCUGCCUUGCGAUCUCAAAUAUCAUUGCCUAAAGAUUUAUGCAUAGCUUUGUCGCAAGAUGUUGAUGGAAGCUUCUUUUCUUCUCAUUCUCUGAAUAAGGCAUCAUCUGGUGAUCUGAAGAAUUGGCGAAGUGUGUUCGCAAGAAAGUUCUUGAAAUCUACUCAAAGCUUCCAGUGUCAGAUGUGUGACUGUACCUCUACCAGAGACCACAUUCCUAACACUAUUUGUCAGCCUUGUGAGGCCAAAAGACCGAGACUACCUUUCUCCGUAUGUAAAUCUUGCGCUCUUGAAAGAACUGCAGAGUCGUUUUUGUCAUAUUUACUUCAGUUUUAUUAAAAUGCGAAAGGCAUUAAUAUCGAAGUAGAAAAGGAAUGAGUUAAUUGAUGAAUGCAUUAACAAGAGGUGACUUAAUGAAAAAAGGGGGAGAUAUUCCGUUUCAAAAAGUUAUGCUUGUAAUACUGCUGUAAUGAGUGAGUGAUAGUACAAUACGGAUAACUUUUCGAAAUUAAAUAGAAAGUUUUCUUUUAUUAAUAUUAUAAAAAAUGAUGUAUAAUCAGAUUAACUACAUUGGGAAAUAUUGGGAGUAUUUGGGAAAUAAAAAAAGAAUUCCUCAAAAUAUCGAAAAAUUCUACUGCUCUUUAAUUGAUAUAAAUAAGCAAUUAUUUUAUACGGUUAGAGAUGUAGAGAACUUCCUACUUUCAUAUUUCCUUUUAAGCAUUAAAUAAUUAUUUUACGAAAUAAUAUGUUAAAAGGAUUUUUUGCCUAAGCGUACAUAUAUGAAAUAUGUUAAUCAGUUAUUAACCAAAAUUUUAAAGGAAAGUAACUUUUUAAAUAUUUAAGCAUUAUUUUAUUGGUUAAAAUGUUUUAGCUUACUGAAAUGAUUUCGCAACAUAUACGGAGAAAAAUGACUGCUUAUUAAAAUAAACGCUCGUCAAGCAGAAUUGCUUUCGAAACAUUUAAUCGUAUCUUUGAUAAAUAAAAAAACAUUAAAACAAAUCUAUGUUUAAAAAUUAUGAAUUCACUCACUCGUUAAUAUAUUUCAAACCGCCCAUUUUAACACACUAAUAGCUGCUUAAAAAAUUUUCAUCAUUAAAAAUGUGUACAUAAGAUACAUCUCAUUCUAAUCUUUGGAUGAGUAGCACAUUUUUUCUGUCAGCCCAUAUACUCUUCAAAGAAUGAUCAUUAUGCUCUAGAAAUGUUUCAAUUGCAACCCCACAACUUGUUUUUUUUAAUCGUAUUUUUGUUUUUAUUUUAUUUUUCUUUUUUUUUCUAGCUUUACCUUACGGCUGAUGCCAAGUAUUUCUGAUGUUCGAUAGUGAACCUCGCAUCUUACGUCAUUUAUUUUGUGCAGUGAUUUUAGAGUAUUUGGGUUGGCUGAAAAAAAUAAAAUUCACUCCCAAUCCUUUUUAUUAAAUGUGUCCGUUUUAUUUGUACGUGAAUAAGAAUUUUAAUAAAAGAAUUAAAAUUAAAA